AUGAACAAUCCUCCGCUCCAAAAUGAGUCUGAGGAACUAAGGAAAUUCAGGGAAGAAUGGAGGGCAGAGGUCAGAAGACGCAAUGGAGUGGGAAGUGUCACUCGGAGCGAAAGUACAGAAGCUUCGGAUUGGCCCGAUACUGCAUCCCUCAAUGUUUUCUCGACUUCCUCUGGGCCCGCUUCAUCUGGAUACGCAACCUCCGUAGCCACAGUUCCUCCUACACCAUCUGCAUCUUUUCAUGUCUCAACAGCGCCUCCGCUAUCCCAAGUCUCCAGUCUAGCGGUAUCUAUUUAUCGCGAAGCAGUCAUUCACGAACAGAGAGGAGAGCUUGAGGAAGCCCUGUACCUUUACCGGUCUGCUUUUCGUCGGGAUGCGAACGUCGACAUAUUAUUUGAACGUGAGGAAAUGCUCGGCGCUAUCAUGGCUCAACAAAUCGCCCCCGUUUCCUCCGCAAGUGCUGAAACCUUUGAUUCUUCAACUCUGACACCCAAAGUUAUACUAGCGGGAAAUGGCUUUACCAUGGAUGAUCUUUCCAAGAAAUUAGAGAACACUCUUGCCAUGCAGAGUACGAAAGCUGCUGUAUCACCUGCAGAGCAUGGCGUCACGGCUUCUAGAAGUUUAAAUUCGAUCCUAAACAACUUUCCUCGAGACCUGGUAUUUGAACCGGAGGAUGAAGAAGAUUCUGUUCCAUUCAAUCUACUUCCUGACGAAAUGAUUGUCUAUAUUCUCAAGAUUCUCGACGCAAGCUCUCUGGAACGGUUUGCCUCGGUGAACAGAAAGGCACGGGUUGUAAGCUUGGAUGUAUCCAUCUGGAGAAAACUGGCUAAGGAGACGUAUAAGCCACCACAGAUACCGGUUCUACCGGAUGGUUCAAGUUCCCUUGAAUACCUUUCUAAACAAUACCUUUACGACUACAGAAGGCUUUACAUCGAACAUCCUCGAAUUAGACUCGACGGAGUUUACAUCGCUGUCUGCCAUUACAUUCGUCCCGGCCUUAGUGAAAAUUCGUGGGUCAACGUCAAUCACUUGAUAACGUACCACCGAUAUUUGCGUUUCUUUCCCAACGGGCAAGUAAUUUCGCUCUUAACUAACGAAGAGCAAUCACCUGCGCAUGUUAUUCCUUUACUCAAACCGACGUUACGAGGCCUGAAGGGAUUACUCUUCGGAAAUUGGCACCUCAGUGGUAACACCGUUGUCCUCUCCAACCUAAUCGACGCAUCAUCCCGUUCUCUGACGUACAUCGACUUUUCCUCUCCGACCUCAGUGGCUCAUCUAUUGAGCCAGAGUACUAUGGCCAGGGGCGACGCAGAUGCUCCGCCUUCACACAGUUCACAUAGUCACCAUGCUCAUAGCCAUGGUCAUGGUCAUGGCCAUGCUGCCGAUCCGUCAAUACCUACGAUCCGGUAUAUCUUCACAAUGCAUCUAACCCUCCUUUCGCGUCCUUUGGGGCGUUGGAACAAGAUGGAUAUUGUGUCUUAUGACACGGUCAAGUUGGAAACUGGGGAAGCCUCUCCUGUGGCUCUAAAGCACGAGAGACCUUUCUGGUUUUCAAAGGUCCGGUCGUACGCGUUGAGUUGA